ACUCAUUUAUGGCUCGCAGUUAACAGACGUAUUUUUGUUUUUUCGUAUAAUUUUGCGAUCACGAUGGGUUUCUAGUAUCUAAUCGUUUGCACACCAGCGUGUGCCUUCACGCACAAUAUAAAAAUGCUUGCCAAAAUGGCGCCCUCACAGGACAAGUUAGUCCAUCUUCACAAAACACCAACAUCAUUAGACAUCAAUCCCUCUGGACUUUUAUUCGCAUUCGUGGAACUAAAUCAUUACAACAAUGAGUGCGAGUCAGAAGGAGUCAUGGGCUGCGGCCAUCGAUUUGCUCACUAACGAUGAGUGCCGUUUGCUGCUCGAAGUUGAGGAUUUCUUCAAUGAUGAGUGUGAUCUGCUUAAAAACUUUCCGAGCGCUGCAACGAAGAUCGAAAUCAAUAACACCACGAGUUUCUACCCGCCAUCACCGCCGGAACUGAAACCAAGUCCCGCCGAACUCGCUAACGAUCUUCUGCAGCAGCUAGACAGUCAAUGCAAACAAGAGAAUAUUUUCUCCAACUGGCUAGAGGAAAAGGUUGACCUCCCUUCCAUCUUUGAAAACAUUUCUGAAGUUCCUGAACGCGUGGACCCACAACCCCCGGCAGCGGUUCUAGCUUCAAGUCCUUUUGUGACCUCGCAGCCCACUGAAGAACUGCUGCGGGAAUUCGAAACGGUUUAUGGUGCUGUCGAAUUAACGCAUUUAACACCGCCGCAGAGUCCGCCGGGACCCGCGACUCAGUUGCUCCUGAGUUACGCUCAACAAGCACAAUGCACAGCACUAGCACCUCCAGUUCCCCUGGCACCGCCGCAAGAAGCGUGGCAGAUUGUGGCACCUGUUCCGGUUAAUCAGCUGCCGGAAGGUUACGAGUGUGACUUGGACGCCGUCGAGGAACUGGUCCGUCACCGAGCCUCUCAACUGGCAUCUCCGCAACAUUCCAGUAGUAGUGCUAAUGCCUCUCCACGUUCUUCACCACCAUCAUCGCCGCGUUCCUCAUCGACCGACGAGGACUGGUCCGCACCGUCACGUUUGAAGACGCGUUCUGUAGAUGACCGUCGUUCACGCAAGAAGGAGCAAAAUAAAAAUGCUGCUACUCGUUACCGUCAGAAGAAAAAGGCUGAAGUGGAGGUGCUUCUCAAGGAGGAGCAGACCCUGCGCCAGCGUCACACCGAACUCGGGGAGAAGUGCUCUGACCUCCAAAGAGAGAUUCGCUACCUAAAGGCUCUGAUGCGUGAUCUUUUCAAGGCGAAGGGUCUAAUCAAGUAAAUCAAUCAACAACGCCGCCUCCAGAGAAAUAAAACAAUAUGCAAAAACGCAUAAAGCGAUUGAUUCUGUUGAUCAUCGGAAGUUAAGGGAGUUCUUUAAUUUGGAUGAUUUUUAUUUUACGAUAAAAUAAUUUAACUCUGUCAUAGUUUGCAUCUAAGUGAGCAGAUCAGAUGUCACAUCAUCGAGCAGCAUAAGCUACGUCAUCAUCAGAGGGAUACUAAUAACACCUUGUAAGGUGGCGCCAUUCUUCAUCAUUCAUUCAUUCAUUCAUUCAUUAAUUCAUUUAGACGAUAGGUCGCAUUCGUUAUUGUAAAAAUAUGUAUACUUAUAGGAUCAACAACAUCUUACUCCUUGUUUUGGUUAAAUCACUAUUUUCGGUAUAUAUAUACACACUUGUAUUGAGAAAUUUUAUCAACUGACAUGAAAUCUUUGAUUAUUUUUUUAAUAUUUCUUACAAUAAAUGGAAUGCGAUGGCGGAA